UGGCAACACCUGUGAAGAAAAAAAUCAGAGUUAAUGUUUUGGUUCUGGUGGCCCUUCCUCAGAACAUCUGAAGUUCUUUGGGAUUUUCUUCCAGCUGGUUACUUAUCGUGGGUAGCGGUUGAUGUUGGCAAUUCUUUUUUUUAACUUGUCUUUAAUUUUUUUGUAAGCCCUUCCACUGUCUCCUCACUCUUCCCAUUCACUUUGUGUCACUAGCAAUUCCAACUGAGAGUGAACAACAGGCCAGAAUUAAAGGACGCAGAUAGUUUGGAAGAUUGUGAAGUUGGAGGAGAUUAGAGACAGCAACAAGCAAGGAUUGGGUGGGAUUUGAAAACACAGUUGCAAGAUGACUUUCUGCUUCUUCUGCCUUGUGGCAACCCAGUUUGGUUUAUUUGCCAAGGGUCUUAUUCAGACUCAAGUUUCAGCUUUCACACAUGGAUACAAAAAUAAGGUGCAACUUCCUUUAACUCAGGGAACCUGGAUGGGAAAGAUAAAGAAACAGACGGCAAAUGGGAAAGAAAUGUUCCAUUUUAGCCAUCAGACAGGAUGUGGUGGGAGCUCACUCAAAUGUCAAACAGAUGGGACCUGAGAUUUAGGUAUAUUGGUGUAUUUGUUGUGGCAUGCCUGGGAAUAUGAAUCACUGGAGUCAAUUAAGGGAAGGGAGUAAGGAAACGACUUGUUAUAGACUCUGAGUGUUAAAACGCGGUGAAUUCCAAACAAGCAAACACAUUGAAACCUGGGUGUGACUUCGGCUUAGUUCCUAUAAACAGUGUAGUUCUGUGGUGGGUGGGAUGUAACAUAAGCAUGAUGUGGAGCAUUUUGUCAUGUUAGAAACUUAAGGCGUGAUAUCUUUACUGUCAUGCACUUAGCAGACAAUUUAUAUACUCAUAAAGUUGAUGUUGCUUUUCCUGUAUUUGUUAUUGCUUUUACUAUAAUUCUAUUGUCUUGGAAAGCUAUAAGUGCAGGUUCAACAUUCAAUAGGUUCCGCCAAUGGAGCAGGAAGUUGAUGGCACGAUGGACAGUGUACACAAACUAUUGGAAUAUUCUUCUCAAUAUGCAACCCCAGAACCAAAAACAUCCACAGGUUUUGGAAACCAUUUACCAGUGGUGGAGACUAUUCAUUUGUCAGGAUCAUCUAGACCAAAGCCAAUAACAGUGAAUAUAACAAAGGUUACAAAGAUUGUGCUGUCCUGCAAUUUGACUCUUCUGGCCACACACAAAUCUCCAAUAACUGGCACCUGGGAAAAAUAUGGAAACAAGAUUGACAAAAGGGAAUUUGAAUUUGACCAGAACACUGGCCACCUGUUUCAAAACUAUGAGUUUGAUUUUCAGAAUGGCAGUGAUGCUGGGAACUAUACUUGUGUCUUUGAUACAAACCCAAAAUCGGAAGGCAGGUUUGAAGUACAAAUUCCUCCUGUUUGGACCAAAAAUAUGAAAGAGAUACGGUCCGAUGGUGAUCAUAUUAACUUAACCUGCAAAAGUGACCAAUAUAUUCCCCUUUACUGGAUUUGGUCAAAGGAAGUCAAAGGCAGCAAAGUGACCCUGAGUAAUGAAACAGAAGAUCAAUAUUACAUCCAUAGUACUGGCAACAAAUCAUCACUUUUAAUAAAAAGCCUGAUAAUGGAUAACACCACUUAUUACCACUGCGAUGCAGUCUAUGAAGUCGGGUUCAGUGGUCUGCGGAUUCAUCUGAAGGUUAACAGCCUGGUUGCUGCAGUCAUACCAUUUGUCUGCAUUGUUGCUGAGGUGCUAGUUUUAGUGAUCUUCAUUCUUGUUUGUGAGAGAAAGAUGAAACAGAAAGAAGAUCUUGCUGAAGGAGAAAAAUUUCCAGAGAGACCGACCACAGAUGAGUUACUCGAUUCCACUGAAAAUGGAGCUCGGCACAGAAAGGUUGAAACACCUUCAGUGCAAGAAAUGCAGAACUGAGCGAAAACCUGUUGGAGUACCAUUAUUUUGACAUGCACAAAUGUGGCACAACAGACAUUGAAUUAUUAUUGGAUGAAAUAAGCAAUAUCUGUCAUGAAUGCUUCUUCAUUUGUAUUAGAAUUAGAAUUCCAGCUCAAGAUUAAUCCUCCUAUUACUCAUCCGAGCAAGGUUCUUAGUAACCCUCUGAUAUAGCAUUACUAGACACUGUACCUUCUAUAACUCUUGAGGUUACUUUGUCCUUUACUAACAUCUGAACUAUCACACCUUCUAAUAAGGACUGAGCUAUUGUAGCCUCCCAUACCUUGUGAUACCAGUAAUUUACCAUAACCUUCAAUGACCACUCAGCUAUUAUAUCCUUUAUUAUUUGUUAAAAACCAUUCCCUCAAAUAAAUAUGAGGUGUCACACUCUCAAACAAAAAUCGGAUGACAGGAGUUACAUGUACACAAAUUGUUGAAGGUGUCAGACUGGUUAAGAAAAUAGUUAAUGAGGUAUGCAGGAUCCUGGUCUACAUUGCAAAAAUAAGGUGAAAACAAUAGAGAAGGUGCAGAAAAGGUCUAUGAGAAUAGUUCUAGGAAUGUGGACACUCAAUUAUGUGGAUAGAUGCUGAUUGUUUUCCUUAAAGAAAAGUAGAUUGAGAGGUAAUUUUGAUAGUGGUGUUCAAAAUGAGCAAGGCUGAGGACAGAUAACCAAAGAGCCAAAGUUGACAUGAGGAAAAGAAUAACUUUUUUGUGGCAAGAAGUUAGGAUCUGGAAUGAUUGCUUGAGAGUGGCAGAGCCAUAUUCUUUUAUUUCAAAUGAUAAUUUAUCUGAGGAAAGGAAAAUGACAAGUUUAAGGAGAAAAAGUAGAGAGUUGGGAUUGGUGAAAAUAGCUGAGUUACUCUUGCAGAGAGCCAACACAGACUGAAUGACAUCCUUUUCGUCUAUCGGUAACUAUUCUAUGAUUCUAUGACACUAGAUAGCAUAUCCUCAACAGCUAUAAGGUACCAUACCCAUCAGAAUUUACUAGGCUACUCAAUUCUUUAAUAAUUCCUAUGGUCUGCAAUGAUUAAUUGCAACAGGGGUGCCUCACCUUCUGUUAACACUAAGACUAUUAUCCAAUCAACCAACAAUGUAUUAUUCUUUCUAACAACCAGGAAGUAUUGUAACCUCUAAAUAACUGCAAGGCUAUUGUAAAGUCCAGCGACAACUAAAUUACUGGAAAUUGUUUUUAUUUUUUCAAACAAACAGCAUGGUACUUAUCAACUCUAAUGGUUGAUAUAACAAAUAUUCAAAUAGUUUUUAAAGAAACUAGAUUCUGAACUAAGAAGUAGAUUGCAGUUGAAUGAGAAUUUGCAGUAUUCGAAUAAGCAUUUGAGAUGCAAAGCUUAAACAAUUUCAAUCAUAAUUUUUUUUAUUAUAGGUAAGCUGUCCUGUGUGUCACUAUUAAAAAGAGCCCAGUUUUCCAACUUAUUGUUUGGAUGAGAAAAUAACCUUGUGCUGUAGAAAGGCAUUGUUUUAAAUAUUAUAUAUUUAUAUAUAUAUAAAUAUGCAUUAUAUAUUUAAAUAUAAUAUAUACUGUCAUACAUCACACAAUUAUGGCAUAAGAAUCAGUAAGACAACUUAGCUAGGGGAUUUAUGAUGUAUAGAAUAUAUUCUCUAGCAAAGUUAUGAAAUUAAUUCUUACACCACCAUGUUACAGUGUGUGACAAUAAGCAAUGAAACAAAAGCUGAAAUGCUGCAAAUAUGUUUUGUACCUGACUCAGGUUAGAAAAUAUAAACAGCCUCUUAAAAUAGCUGUUGACAGUUCUUCAAAAGGGCCCAAAAUACUCGUUACCAAAAACCUUGAGAUUAAUAAAAAUUAAACUUUUACCAGACAACUGCACUAAUGUGACUUUGGAAAUAAUUUAACAAAAGCGUUAAAGUGGCAGUAACAAGUCAAAAAAUAAACCCAGUCCUCCUGUGGGAACAGAUUGAACACUGAAACUGUUUAAACUUGUAUACUCUUAGCAACAAUUACCAAAAGGUUUGUGGUGUUCACUAUGUCAUAAAAUAAAGCAGCACAUUUUUUUUUCAAGUAAAACACAUGAAUUUUACUUUCUCCUUUUUGUACCUACUGAAAUAGUAAUCCUUCAUCUAUAACACAACUCAGCGCAAUAAACAUUAGACUGAGCCAAAUAUUUCAUCUUGUAUAAUCAGUGACAGUGAAGCCAAUCUGAAAUGUAACUUAUUUGUAGAACAGUGUGGGGCUGGAGGAAUAUAGUAGGUAGGGCAGUAUCAGCGGAGCAGCAGAGCUGACAUUUUAGGCUUGGACUCUCCAUCAGGACUUCCUGAUGAGGCAUCCAGGCCCGAAAUGUUGACAGUCCUGGUCCUCAGAUGCUGCCUGACCUGCUGUGUCCCUCCAACUCCAGACUGUAUGACUCUGACUCCAGCAUCUGCAGUUCUUUCUAUCUCCUUAUUUGUAGAGCAGUUGGUGAAUUUAAAGUGUUUGCUCAGCAUGAUUGAACUCCUUUACUUUUUGAAAGGUUGUUGCUAACAGAAAUGAUCAUUAUAAAUCAAACUAUUGACAUCAUGAUAAUGUACUUCAUGAUACUGCCACUUUGAUGCACCAUUAUUAGGUAACAAUCUUGGGAUAGGCCCUUUUAGACUUUACUCAUCCACUGGUUGUUUAGUGAAUGGGUGUAGGAGUUAGAAAUUUGCCUUAACUGCAAUGAGGCUCUUAUGACACUAAGAAUGAGUGUGUUAUCAAUUCCUUUAUACAUAUGCAAGCAGUUAAGCUAAAUGUUAUAAAAAGGACUCCUAUGUUUACGUGUGUGUGUAUUUUUAAGAAAGUCUUGAAGACACAGGCUAUGAAAUACUAGUGAUCUGUUGCUGCUACACCUGACAGAAAGAAAACACAAACAUUCACACCAUUAUUUUAUGUGUUUUGUUCGUCUCCUACCUGAGUUACGAGUGUAGAUCAGUGAAAUGGCCAUGGAAUUUCACAAGUUUUUUUUAAUGGAAUAUAGUUUCUUGCUGUAACUGUUUUUGACAAUGCAAUUAACCAACAUUUAAGUAAGCCAAUUCUGAUCUUUAACUCAUUUUAUUCAGAUGGCCAAGUACAAGAUAAGCAGACAGAUGAGAAAUUUUUCAUGUUCUGAACAGCAGUUCUUUACUUUCUGUUAAAUGCAAUCAAGAAGACUUGGACAUGCCCUUACAAAGCAAUCGGUAAAAGUAAGCUGAUGAUGCAAGUAGCCAAACAGUAAGAUAAGCUCAUAAAGACUUUGAUAUGACACAGGCACAGAAGGUUCUCAGAUAAAUUCUCACUCUUCUGCUGGAAACACAAUGAAAACUGAGAUUAGACACGACAACAAAUUUUCUCCCACAUUUCAAACAAUGUUACUACAUUGCAGACAGAAAGUCAGCUGAUACGGUGGUGCAACUCGUAGACUUGACUUAAGCAAAGGUAGAAUCAUCUUAAUAGUGAUCUCGCUUGAAACAUAUAUGUCUGGACAUGAAUAGAUUGAUGGCACCAGUAGAAACAGGCAAACGUGUUAAUGCUGGAAGUGACUCAUUAAUGCAGAGAAUUGGGGUCGUUUCCACUUUCAUGUAGGUGUAAAAUGGUUGACGUUCAAUCCAUUUUGCAGCCAAUAAGAUCAUAAGCCAUAAGAGUAGAAAUAUUGUUCUGUAUCACUCAAUGAGAUCAUAGCUGAUUUGGUAAUCCUCAAUUCUACUUUCCUGCAUUAUCCACACAUCUCUAAUUCUAUUAAAGAUUGGAAAUUUGUCUAUCCCAGCCUUAAACACACUUAAUGAUCCAGCCUUCAUAGCCCUUUGCAGUAAGGAGUUUUCCAGAUUGACUACUCUCAGAGAAAAGAAUCCUCCGUCACUUCUGUUUUAAAUGAGUGGCCAUUUACUCUAAGAUUAUGCCCCACCCCCAUCAUUAGAAACAAAAUGUCCAUAUCCACCCUGUCAAGCCCCUAAUAAUCUCAUGUUUCAGUAAGUUCACCUCUCAUUGUUCUAAACUUCAAUAUUUCCAGGUGCAAUCUAAUGCACCUUUAAUCAUGGAAGAAAAGAACUCCAUAUCUAAGAUUAAUCAAGUGAAAUUUCUCUAGCCUGCCUCCAAGAUCAGUAUAAAUUUCCUUACAUGAUAUGAAAGGACCAAAGCUGUUAUGAGUAUCCCAGCUGUGGUCUAACUAGUACACAACCUCCCUAAUAUUUAUACUCCAUUUCCUUUGAAAUAGAGGCCAAAUUCCAGUUGCCUUAUUAUCUGUUGAAGCUGGAACUCUUUUUUUUAUUCAUGACCAGAGUGGCUAAAUCACUCUGUGCUGUAGCUUUGCACAGCUUUCAGUUUUCAAUUCUCUCUGUUGGCUGGAUGGCUGGUUUGUGAUGCACCAUGAUGUGAACAGUGAGGAUCAACUCCUACACCAUCUGAGGCUACCAUGAAGGACUCUCUUUCUUAACCUCUGUCCUCACCAGAGGCAUGAGGGCCCUCAGGUUAAACUCCCACUAGUGCUUGCUCUCUAAUGAGAGAGCAGCCCUCUGGUCUGAUAAGAGCACAGCAACUUUGCCAUGAGUAAACAAACAGAUUUAUUGGUCUCCCUCACUUUAUGAAUAAGGGAUUCUUCGAGAUUCUUCCAGUGCAUCCAAAAUCUCUCCAGCUACUUCCAUUCAAAUCCUAGGCAAUGAAGAUGAAAAAUGGGAAGGAUGUGUAACAGGCACAUGAUUUGAUGUUACCUAUUUUACACUAUCACCUGAAGUUAAAUUUGCACCGAAUGAGUCUAAAGUAACAUGUUUACACCAACUAAAAGAAGUCAUUUAGUCAAGCUGCUGCUGUUGUUGAUCCAAAUGCCAAUUAUGAUUGUCUGAAUUCCCUUUGUGUUUUUCUUAGUCUGUAAUUUGAGGAGCCUAUUUUAUUAUGGGGCUAUUGUCUGUUUAGUAAAAAGAGCUUAAAAUACAUUAUAGAUAAUUGUUAGGGAUAUUUUUGUAACAUCUCCCACUGUUUUAAUGUUUUUGUUAUUCACAACUAUAACCUAAAGACUCAUCCAUGACAUGCUUUUGCAAUCUAUUAGUUCUAUUGUCGAUCGGUAAACUACCAUCCAAAAUAAUUUGUUUAAAGCUUUUGCCUGAAAUGUAGGACUGUUUAAUAAACAAAUAAGUGAAAGCCAGCUGACAUAACUAACUGUAUUUUUAGAUUAGAUUCCCUACAGUGUGGAAACAGCCCUUCAGCCCAACAAGUCCACACCGCCCCUUGAAGCGUCCCACCCAGACCCAUCCCCCUAUAACCCACACACCCCUGAACACUCCGGGCAAUUUAGCAUGGCCGAUCCACCUAACCUGCACAUCUUUGGACUGUGGGAGGAAACCGGAGCACCCGGAGGAAACCCACGCAGACACGGGGAGAAUGUGCAAACUCCACAAAGACAGUUACUCGAGGCUGGAAUCGAAUCCGGGUCCCUGGUGCUGUGAGGCUGCAGUGCUAACCACUGAGCCACCGUGCCGCCCAUAUUAGUGUGACUGAUUACAUUAGGAACAUUAACGUACCGACUGAUCUGGACGUGUGGGUCCACAGUUGCCUCAAAAGUGGCAACACAGGUGGCCAAAGUGAUUAAGAAGUUGGUAUGCUUGCCUUCAUCGGCCAGGACAUGGAAUCAGGAGCCCAAGAGUUGGCAAAACGUGUUGCUGCCAUAUAAAACCCUUGUUAGCCUCAUUUGGAGGAGUGUGUGCAGUUUUGGUCACAACAUUACCAGAAGGACGUGGAAUCUUUGGAGAGAGUGCAGAGAAGGUUCACCAGGAUGUUGUCUGUCUCAAGGGCAUUGACUAUGAGGAAAGGUUAAAAAAACUAGGAUUGUUUUCACUGGAAAGACGGUGGCUGAGAGGAGACCUGAUAGAGGUUUACAAAAUGAUGAAAGGCAUAGAUAGGGUGGAUAGUCAGAUGCUUUUUCCCAGGGUUGAAGUUUCAAUUAUAGGUUCAAGGUGAGAGGGAAAAAGUUUAAGGGAGAUGUGCGAGUAAAGUUUAACACGCAGAGGUUUUGAAGCUCGGAAUGGACUGCCAGAGGAGGCGGUGGAAGCAGUCAGGUUGGCGAUAUUUAAGAGGUGUUUGUAUGAGCACAUGAAUAGGGAGGGAGUUAGGGCAUAUGGAUCAAAUAAGGGCAGAAGGUUUGUUUUUUAGUUCAGUCAGGGCAUCACCUAAAGUGAAGACUCAGGCUUGGAGGUCUGAAGGGCCUGUUAUUGUAUGGUCCUUCUCAUCUGUUUUUUUGUUCUUCUGUACGUCAGGUCACAUUUUUGAAGCUAUCAUCAAGGUCACAUACUUUAAUGUGUUACAGCAAUUGCAGAAACCUUUCCAUUUCUAUUGCAUUCUGUGGAAAUAGGCAGUUUUAGACUUUAUUAUCAUUCUGUAAUUUUAACAGGACUGACUUAUUUUAUAUAUUUAAUGCUAAUUGAUAUAUUUUUCUCUUUAUCAUCUUCUUAAAAACCCUUUCCUUCCAUUAUGUAUUUAGUUUUCCCUCCUCCCUCCCAUUGCCCACUGCCGCUGAGUGAAUGCCCCUUGUCCUUAGUAGGUGUCCUCAUUCUACUGUCAAAUACUCAUGUGAGUUAUUUACCUUUAGAAUGCUACUGCUUUUUUUUCCAGUGUUGAAAAUCAUGUAAACCCAAUGUAUCAAUUUAACUUGCUGCACAUCAAUAUAAAACAAGAAUAAAUGAGGUAAAAGUCUUAAAA